CAUCUCCCGCCUCAAACUGCAGAGCCCCGCCACAGCCAUCUCCAUGGCGACCGGAAACACCGGAAGAGGAAGUCAGCGCUGCAGAAGACGUGCUGGCCGUUACUGUACAUAGGACGGGAGAGGAGAUGGCAUUACCUACGCUCCCAUCACCCUGGCACAGUCGUAGCAGAUUGCUAGAGAAGCAGAUUGUGCGUCACAGAGAACAAGAGGCCCGAUUCCGGAAUGAGUGGGAUAUGACCAACCGGUAUUUCAGGCAGUCAGAUGUCUGCAGCAGUAAACAGGCCCAGUGGAGUUCACGGGUUUCAUAUGAGCAGAGUAUGAAUGCUUACCACCGGGAGAAGCAGAGAGAGGAGAAAAGAAGGAACUUGGAGCGACGGAGAGAAGAGCUACGCAAACUGUUACAGGAAGAACGAGAUCUACUUGAGGCGGAACUCCAGGAGCUCUCUCGAAACAGGGAUCCUGAUAUCGCUAGCAUGAGAGAGAAAGCUGAGGGGCUGAAGUCAGCACGGGAGGAAAGGAGGAAAAAGCUCGCAGAGGAGUUACUGUACGAGCAGUGGAAGACGAGCAAUAUGAAGCUUCGUGAGGUGGAGUCCAGUUUACAUAAAAAGCAUGUGGUUGAUGCCUGGGCUGAGCAAGUCACAGAGAAGGAUCAGGAAAAAUUAGCUGAGGAAGAAGAGAAGAAGAGGUUUGAAAACCAGUAUGAGCUUGCCAGAAAAGAGGCCUUGGAGAAUAUGAAGAAGCAGGAAGAGAGGCGUCGUCAAGCAGAAAAGGAACGUGCUGAGGUCCUACAACAGCAAAUGGAGGAGCUUCAGUUGAGGGACCUGGAGGCUCAGAAAUUAAAGAAGGAACAGGAAGACUUAUUGAGACAACAGUGGGAAGUGGAGGAGCUUCAGGAAGAGAGGAAGAAAAUUGAGGAUCGUAGGAAGAAAAUAGAGCUUGGUCACUUCCUGAGUCGUCAGUACACCGCACAGAUGAAGAGAAGAGCCCGCAUGGUACAGGAAGAACUGGAAACGGACAUGAAGAUACUAGCAGCACUGAUCAGUAAAGAAGAUGAGGAGCAAAGCUUGCGUUCCGCUAGAAGGGAGCAGGCAGCUGCUGAUGCAGCCUGGAUGAAACGCGUCAUUGAGGAGCAGCUUCAUCUGGAGAGGCAGAGAGAAGCAGAGCUCGAUACUCUCUUCAGGGAAGAAGCCAGACAGGUGUGGGAGAAAAGAGAGGCGGAAUGGGACAGAGAGAGGAAUGCACGGAAUCGCUUGAUGAAAGAGGUGCUGACAGGAAGGCAGCUUCAGAUUCAGGAGAAAAUAGAACAGAAUAAACGGGCACAGAGGGAAUCGUUAAAGUCUCGUGAACAGCUCAUCCGAGAGCUUGAAGAGUUCAAGCAACUGACUUCUAGAGAGAAAAAAGAGGAGGAAGAACUGAAGACGGCUCGAAAGCUGGAACUGGAGGCACAGAUUUCUGAGCGGCGCUUGCAAGAGAGAGAGGCCAUGAUGCGCCUGGAAGAGGAGGAAAGAGAAGAGAAAUUGGCUGAGGAAGAAGACGAGUAUUUGGCAGAACAAGAGGCAGAGAUCAUGACAGAGAGGGGUUAUCAGGACAAGGUGUUUAGUCGCCCCCGGCCCGCCUGGUCAUGACAGAUUGAAGUACUCGGACUGUCGACAGUACUGUAGUUAUGGCUUACAACUUGAAGUAUACUUUGUUUCUCAUUCCUAAGUACACAACUUUUACGUGUAAAUACUUUUAAUCUUGAGUGCUUGCGUGUGUAGAUAUACUUUGUAUUAUACAAAAUUAUGGACAUAUUUAUAAGACUAUUUAAAACUAGCUCCAUGCUGACCCCUUGUGGAGGAAAGUAAUUUUGACCUUCUAAUACGGUGAUCUAUACGGUGAUCGGACAUACGGUGGAUAUAAAAAGUCUACACACCCCUGUUAAAAUGUCAGGUUUCUGUGAUGUAAAAAAUAAAUAAAAAUGAGACAAAGAUAAA